UCGAUCAACUUUAACACAAUGUUUCAAAUUUUAUUCCAACUAACUUUAUUAGUGUCUGCGUUAGCAGAUAUUAUUGUCGAUAUUCCUGACGGCAAAAUCCGUGGUCAUGAAAUCAACGCUUCAAACGUCAGCUUCUAUGCUUUUGAGGGAAUUCCAUUUGCCUCUCCACCGGUGGGAAAGUUAAGAUUUCAGGCUCCUGUUCCACCUGAACCAUGGGAAGACAUUUUAGAAGCUAAUCGAUCUGGUAAAUGUUGUAUAUCAGGAUAUCCUGAUCCAUCGGAAAGUGAGGAUUGUUUAUUCCUCAAUGUCUAUACGCCUCCUCGAAAUAUCACAAAACAAUUGCCAGUCCUAGUUUGGAUUUAUGGAGGUGCGCUUCUAGCGGGUUGUUCCUCUUUUGAAGAGUUCGCGCCUGGAGAUCUCGCAAAUGAAGACGUGAUAGUAGUCACGUUUAACUACCGAUUAGGAGUCUACGGUUUCUUAUCUACUGGAGACGAUGUCAUUCUGGGCAACGCCGGCUUGAAAGACCAACUUUUCGCGUUUCAGUGGGUGAAAAAAAAUAUUGCUUUCUUCGGAGGCGAUCCGGAUAAAGUCACGUUGUUUGGGCAAAGCGCAGGUGGAAUAUCUAUCGGAAUCCAUAUCGCGAAUAAAAAAUCUCAGGGUUUGUAUAGGGCGGCAAUUUGUCAAAGUGGUUGUUCGUUAACGCCCUUAUAUCAGAAUGAUCCCAAAACUAAUGCGUACGCCAUAGCGAAAUUAAUAGAUUCGACUAUAACAGAUGCCAACACCACUGUCCAAAUAAGAGAUUUCCUUCAAAAUCAGUCGGUGGAUGAUUUAAGUCCUGUGAUUGGCAUUGUAUUAGAGGUGGAAAACGACGAUGCUUACGUGACGGAUCUGAAUUUUGCGCUAAUAGAAUCCGGAAAUUUUGUUCGGGUACCCUUGAUGAUUGGUACUGUUGCGGAGGAAUCUCUUGGGCAGUAUUCGUUGCCUGUAGAAAUGAUAAUAAGUGCAAUUAGCUACGAUUCCGACGUAAAAAACUUAAUACCUGGAAGUUUGACACCGUUGCCAGGAACAAAUUUGACCGAGGUUGGAAAUAUAAUCAAGGAAGCGUACAUUGAGGCGAACGGAUCCUUUAUCCUAGAUCUCGCAGCAACUGCGGAGUUGUCCAGCACCUUCUUUGUGAGACCUACGUUCAAACAGGCAGAACUUCAGUCCAAUUACACUCCAGUGUAUUUAUAUCAGUUUUCGUUUUAUGGGACCGCCAGUGAAAACCGAACGAUAAUUGAAGGGGCUGGAAGAACAGGCCAUAGCGACGAAUUGCCUUAUCUUUUUAACAUAACUGCGAUACCUUUGGUGACGGAUGCAGAUUUCCUAACGAGGAGACGAAUAAUUAGACUUUGGUCAAAUUUUGCGAAGACAUUGAACCCCACGCCUGAUGAAUCGGAUCCACUUUUAAAUGUAACUUGGCCUUUAGUUUCACCAAGUAAUAUACAGUACCUCGACAUAGAUAAUACUCUCGAGGUAAAACCCAACCUAAGGGCUAAACAGAUGGCUAUGUGGAAUCGCGUGUAUUAUACCUACGGCCAACAACCUUUUGUAGGAUUUUAAUACACAGAGUUAAAUUUAAUAAAAAUAAAAAUAAAAAAGUCGAAAACUAAAAACCGCAACAUGAUUUUUCAAAGCGUUUCUGAGCCACAGAGUGAUUCUUAAAAAUGUACGUUUCUAUAACUGGUGAGAAAAAUUAUAAUAACAAACUCCUAAA